GCGUGUCUGACUUGACGGUGGUGUUUCUGCGGGUGCUGAAAGCGGCGGACAGCAGCCGGAUAGAUAUCUGCAAAGAUGGCCUCGGCAACAGCAACCUAUGGACAGAAGGAGUCUUCAGACCAGAACUUUGACUACAUGUUCAAGAUCCUCAUCAUUGGCAACAGCAGUGUGGGCAAAACCUCCUUUUUGUUCCGCUAUGCCGACGACUCUUUCACGCCAGCUUUUGUCAGUACAGUGGGGAUCGACUUUAAGGUGAAGACCAUCUACAGGAAUGACAAGAGGAUCAAAUUGCAGAUCUGGGACACAGCCGGUCAGGAGCGUUACCGCACCAUCACCACAGCUUACUACCGAGGAGCCAUGGGAUUCAUCCUCAUGUAUGACAUCACAAACGAAGAAUCUUUCAACGCCGUCCAGGACUGGUCGACUCAGAUUAAGACAUACUCGUGGGACAAUGCCCAGGUGCUGCUGGUAGGAAACAAGUGUGACAUGGAGGAUGAACGCGUGGUGAGUGGAGAUAGAGGCCGGCAGCUGUCUGAACACCUUGGUUUUGAGUUCUUUGAGGCCAGUGCAAAGGACAACAUCAACGUGAAGCAGACUUUUGAGCGCCUGGUCGACAUUAUCUGUGAAAAGAUGUCGGAGAGUCUGGAUGCCGGUGACCCGGCAGUGACAGGGGCCAAACAAGGCCCACAGCUGACAGAGCAGCCCGCCCCUCCUCACUCGGACUGCGCAUGCUAAAGCUGACUCAUUUCCUGAACCUUUUUUUUUUUUCCUCUCGUUAUCCUUGUCCUCCUUCAGCUGUACCCCAGGUUCUGACUUCAUCACCUCUCUCACUCCCUUUCUGGCUUAUUCCCAUUGGUUCCUUGGCUGAAAAACACAAGAGCCAGGCUGAAAAGUAUCUGAAAAGCUCUGAGAUGCUACUGGCCCACUUUUGAAGGAGUGUUUGCCUCUUGUUUCUCCUCAUAGAGGAGCUAAGUGAUUUUGUUUCUAUCGCUAGGUAUUGAUCUGAUGCCAAAGCAGUUUCAGUCGAAACCGAGCUUUUCAGACUCUUCGUAGCCGUGGUUUUUGAUGGUUUUCCCCGUUACUCCGUGUGGUUUCACAAGAAGGAUUUGACGGCUUACAUCCUCAGAGUGCCAUUUAAAUCCUUCCCAAGUUUACAGUACUUUGUUUCAUGUCAGUCAAGUGUCUUGAAAAGAUGCCAGCCCUGGAUUCAGUGACCGGGAAGGCCACUGUGGAGUUAUGCAGGAGCAAUGUCCCAUCUGAGAUCUGCGUGUUAUGUGUCAUGUCAUUUAUGUGUCUCUUUGUUUUCUCGCAUAUUUAAACAUGAAUACAGCAAAAAUACGCAAAUUACUGCAUUUUCAUUGCUCAUUCGAGUGUUUUUAUUUGGUCCUCCCGAUAUUUUGUAUUCUUCCGCCCUAUUUAUUCUUUUCAUUUACCGGAUGGGAAAAUAUGAACAAGCUGGAGAUGGUGGAAAAAACAACAAAAAAAUGAAAUGAGGCAUUUUAUUGAAUUAUUAUUUAUUUUAAUUGUAAAUAUAAAUGUUGUGCUAAACAUAUAUAUACUAAAUAUACAUAAAAUCUACAAGUAUGCACUUCCAGAAAUAAGUAUUUUAAAAGGUAUGACGUUCUAUAUAAGAGGUCUAUGUUGUAGGGGUUUUUAUUUUUUCUUUGUUUUUUGGACGUGUGCAAGCAGCUCGUCCGGGUGCAAAUACGUUUUCCUGUUGGUUGAUACUUCAGAAAUGUUGUGAUGUCAAAACUGCAACUUCAUGCUCUGAAAAAUCCAGUUUGCAAGUCUAAAUUACAAACCGCACCCUCUGUAAGACGUUUUCUCCCCUUCUGAACCGCCUCUGUGGGACUUCCAGCUCCACUGAUGCAAAACACGUCAAUGCAACUCUGUUGUCAGCGGAGGGCGUAAACGAAGCAUGUUAAAUACUGUUUAAGCCAGAAAAUGACUGUAAUAACACUGACAUCUGGAGUGUUUCUGAAUAUUUCGUUACAACAAGGGUUUUGAUGCUUCUGCUCCCUUAUGUUGAGCCAUGUCGUUGUUACUUUACUAACAGCUAAUUUAUAAAUGAAAGAAUAUCUGAAAAAAACAUUUGUGAAAACGUAUCUAUUGCAUUAGCUAAUAACACUAAAUAUCAGUUCAUUUUACCUCUGGCAGAGGUAAAAUAAACAACCAAUGGCUUAAAAGUCAAACAAUUGUGCUGGUCAUGUCAGCUGCUUUAUCCAAUAUUAAAUCAUUUAAACACUUCAGCGUCCUCUAAGCUAUGUGGAUAUUGUUUUAGGAGAUGUGAAUGACUUUUUUUCUGUUGCAUGUUUUCAUGGUAUUUUGCCUUUAUUAGGUAGUCGAUUAGUCAGCGAGGGGAAACAUCGGGGGAGAGUAACGAUGGCGUAGGACCAGAUCCGAACUGGUAGGCCACGAUGGCAAGCUUGACUAAACACUGAAACUACCAUAAAACAUGGCAGUUUGUUUAAAAAUGCACGGAAACCAGAGUUGCAAUUUGAUCUGUACUGUAUCUGGUAUUAUUCCUUUGAGGCAUUGAGAUAGCCGCCAAAAACAGCAAGACUCAAGUGACUUUUCAGCGUUCAGAACAUAUAUCAGUCCUUUGUAUUGAAGAAAAUAUCAAAUAAUCGUCCAGCAUGACUUUAUCAGCAUCCUGUCUGACCACAUCCAACAUUUAGGCUGCACUCAAGGGAUUCAUACCUGCUCUGCUGUGGGUUUUUUUUUCUUCCUCAGUUCAGAUACGCAGCCAUUGGUGUUUAACUGUAAUGUUUUAAAAGAUGAAGACGCAUCUUGUUACUUCUAAAUGUGCUUCAAACUACACGCAGACGCUUCAGGCUUUUGCUUAAUAACAAAAAAACACUCAGAACUAAACUUUCCGCACAGCCGGUACCCUGGAGCAGCUUUACGGGAUUUCCACAGGCUCUGGUUGUGUGUGCUGUCCUCUCCACUCAGUCUUCAGGUAAAUCAGAGACGGCACUGGUAAAGUCCAGAAAAAAUCUAAAUAAUCUGUUGUGACCUGUUUUCCCAGCAUCGCUGACGUGACUAUGCCUUUGUUUAAAUAAGGUUUUCAAAGUUCUAGCUGGCAGAUGCACCUUCCUUUGAUCAAAACUGGUGAAGCAGCUCACAGUUUUGUGUUUGGGAGCCAAAAUCCGACAUGUGAUCAGUUUUACAAGUUCAAACUGCAAUGAAACCAGUUCUGCUGGGAGUAAUGCAGUGAACUUUAGUCGUUCAAAUGUGGUGCAAAAAAAACGCAGAUGAAUAAGACUAUGAAGUAACCGUGCUAAUCUAGAUAUAAAAACAAACUAAAUAAAUAAAUCAUAAAGUCACUGUCUACAACUUUAGGACUAAAGCAAAUAUGAAUCAGUUAUAUAAUUAUUUUGAUAGCAACUGAAAUUACAACUAAAAUUAGAAAAAUUGGGCCCCAGUCAAACUGUCACAGUAAUUUUGAUCCUGCAUAUUGUAAUUCUUAUUGUUCGUAAACUGUUUCUUUUCCAGUAAAAUCCAGACUUCUUAACUGUUCUCCUUUAUAAUACGUCUUCCUCUCCAUAUAAAUAUCAUGUGUAAAUACUGUACCUUUCAGUCAUAUGUGUGGAUUGUGUUGUAUCGACUCAGGCUUGCAUUGGAAAAAACAAAACAAAACAAAACGGAAAAAAAGAGAAGGGGGAAAAAAAAGACAGUGAAAAGCUGAAAACCCCAAAAGAGCCAUGUUGUACUGUAUCAGCUUUCAUUUUUAGACCUGCUUGUGAAUGAAUGUGUCACUCAGUUACAAAGCAAUACACACUACAGCAUAGUACACAAAAGCAGAUGCCAUCAAGCUUGGUAGAGGCUGCCCACCCUAGAUCUUCUACAAGCACGCAGAAAAUUGUGACUUUAUUUGGUCUCGUAUCACUGCCUCUUCAAACCCUUUCAGUUUGGAACAUGAAGGUGAGAGAAUAUGCUGUGGAUGUUUUUAUCUGUACUUUGUGGUAAAACAGUAAUAAAAAAAGGAAAAAAAACUGCUAACAA